AUGUAUUCUAAUAUUAAUAAAACAUCGCCAUCUCAUUUGGACAAUUCUGGUUUAAAACUUAAAUUAGCCAAGCAAUACCAAUAACAUACUGUUUCUCCAGUGGACAUUUAAAAAAGCACCCUCAAUAAAUUAUACUAAACUUAAAGUUUGAGCACCCUUAUAAAAAAUAAGAAAUCCUCCAUCUCUAAAUAGGUACCUAAGAAGAAUCCAUUCAUCGAUACAAAUGUUAGAACUAACACCCCCAAAUCUGUCCAUCCACAACAGGUAUGCCAAUUGUAACUAUAAAAGUAUUACUUUUUUGCCAAAUCAAAGGAUUCGAGCAAGACUUAACUAUCCCAACAACUCAGCAAAACCUUAUAGCAAAGCUAUAAUAAGGCCAACAGUAGUUCCACAAAGGAUAAUUCCUUUGGCUUAUAGAAUAAAUCCAAGACCGACAGAAAAUAUAAUAUAUUGUCUCUAGAUCAGAAUAAACUUGCACAAAAACUCAAAACGGAAAAGGGGUCCUCGAUUGAUAGACCUUAAACCAAUAGCAAAAAAAAUCUUGAUCAAAAACAGCCUCUGAAUAUUCAUCUGAGUUUGGAUGACUUUGUGACUCAAUUCAAGGUUUCAAAUCUCUCAAAGAACAUUUAUAGUAUCUCUCCAUUUAGAUAAGCAAAAUCGCUUUCACCGAAAAAUAGAAUUCUAUCCUUUUCAAGAAGUACCUUCGCAAUCUAUUUUAGAAAAUACCUACUAUGUGAGCUCCAUGAUAGAAGCUGUCAACGGAGCCUACGAUUCUCUCAGUUAGUUAUAUAGAGACCAUGCCUUUUAAACUUAUAAUUGCAUAGGUUUCUGCUUAAAUUAAACAGAACCUACUUUAAGUAUUAUACAAAAGAAAAUGGUAAAUUUACCGUAGAAAAAUAGCAAAUGUAGUUUUUUGAUACGAUUUAGUUCAUAAAACUGUGGUGUUUGAUCUUGACGAAACUCUCAUCCAUUGUAAUGAAGAUUAAAAAAUGAAAUCUGAGGUUUAUUUGCCGAUAACAUUUCCUUCAGGCGAGACGGUUUAGGCAGGAAUCAACAUAAGGCCUUGGGCUAAAUAGAUCUUGAAUCAAUUGUCAGAUAUCUGUGAAGUCGUAAUCUUUACAGCUUCCCAUUAAUGUUAUGCUUCUCAAGUGAUCUAGUUUCUGGAUCAUAAGAAAAUCUUAGCUGCCCAAUUGUUUCGAGAGAGUUGCAUUGUGACUAGUGAUGGGGUGCAUAUUAAAGAUCUCAGAGUGUUGGGGAGAGACAUGAAGGACGUUGUGUUGAUUGAUAAUGCGGCAUACAGUUUUGGGUAUCAUAUUGAGAAUGGAAUUCCAAUAAUCCCUUAUUAUGACAACAAGGACGAUAAGGAAUUAAAGUUAUUGUAUGAUUUCCUGCUCUCUGAUGUGCUCCCUGCUUACGAUUGUAGGAAGGUAAUUCAAGAAACCUUUAAGUUGCGAGAGUUUUAGAAUUAUAGUAGUCCCAAGACAGCGAUUGAAAAAUUAUAUUGUUAAUGA